UUUGUGCGAAGCGCCUGGGGCUUUUAUUACAUCGCUAAAUCAUUUUUUGGCAAAUAAUUUUACAAAUUAUAAGUUUUCAUAUUUGGGCAUGACUUUGAAUCCCUAUUAUGGUGGUAAUAAUUUGAAAGAAAUGAUUUCACAAGAUCGAUUUAUUCUUAAUAAAUUUGAGCAUUGGUAUUUUGGGGAAGAUGAUACUGGUGAUAUUAAGAAUUUUGAUAAUUAUCUUGGUUUAAUAUCACAUUGUAAAUCUAAAUUUGAAUCUGAGGUGAAUUUAGUAACUGCUGAUGGCAGUGUAAAUUGUAUGGAUGAUCCUGGAAAUCAAGAAAAUAUUGUAUGGCAUUUGAUUUUCUGUGAAACUAUUUCAGCAUUAACAAUUUUAAAAAAGGGUGGAAAUUUCGUGUUAAAAAUAUUUACAAUAUUUGAAAAUAAUUCAAUAGCAUUAUUAAUAUUGUUAAACGAAUGUUUUGAACGUGUUACCGUUUUCAAACCGUGUACCUCAAAAGCUGGAAAUUCAGAAUUAUACAUCACAUGUAUCGAAAUGGAUCUAGUGAAAAAUUUUAUGAAUACAUCACGACCAGUAAUAUUAAUUACGAACAAAUAUAUGAAUAAUAUUGUAGCUCCUAUUAAAAUUUUAGGUCACAUAAUCGCAUGA